CAGUCGCUUGAGUAAAUGAGCCGAUACAGAAUAGCAAAGAGUUAGAGUUCAUAGUAAAGACAGUCAGGUCUCUCAGUGGGAGAUCAUGUAAGAUUUUGUCUUGUAUUGAGCAACAAGGAUAAAAGACCACAUUUCCUACAGGACAAGAAGGGGGGGGGAAAUGCAGCAGUGUCAGCUUUCACUGUUCUCACUUGUGAUGGUAUCAGGUGUACUUUGAACGGGCUUGUGUUUGGUUAAAACUAGCCUCGAACAGGAUGGGUGGGGUAGUGGGAUGUGUGUUUGAACAGACAAGGUAAAAUCUGCCGGGAUACGUGCUCAGGCAAAGAACGGGCUUGAAUGGAAUCUUUUACCUCGAAAUGCUUGAGAGUUGCACACUGAAGGAUUACCCACCCUUUGGGAAAUUACUGAUUUGAAUGUUCAUUAAAGCCACAAUGGAGGCAACCAGUGACACCACAAAAAUCCUGGAGAAGGGUCCUGAAUACCUUCGAAAACAAAUGGAACUUGAGAGUGAGACGAAAGGACGCAUGAGUGCUGUGGAGAGGCUGGCUGCAAGCAAACCGAAAUAUGUGAAAAGCCAGCAGGUGGUCAACUCAACACAGGAGCCAGUGAUAAGUCUCGGGUCGGCGUCAGUGAGCAGCACUGGGUCUUCUAACCGGAGCUCAAACCGUGAUGGGAAUUUUGGAACAGGGAGUAACUCGACACAGGCUACAUGUGGUACACAAACCUGCUCACCAGGGCAGGUACGGCGAUCCAGCUCUAAAAAACGACCAGACUCUCUCUUACUUUACAGGCAGAAGUGUGAGUUACUGAGAGGCGCAGCGAACGAUCGGAAACACCAUAUAACACGUAAGUUGCUGCUUAACUCUGUCAAUAAAAAUGUUCCAUUACUUGAGGCGGCAGAUAAGGAAUGUGAGUCUGAAGGCAACACUGAAAAAAUCACCACACCUGAGGGAACAGCAAAGGAAUGUAGCCCACAUGUAGUCGUCUCCCAGUCAGAGCAGAGGAGGAGGGAUGGCGUAGCAGAACAACCAGCAAUGUAAAGCAGUGAUUCUAGGACAAAGGUAACAGCUGGUCUCCUAGCUGUUCCUCAGUGUGAAAAACUCAAGAGAUCGGGGAAAGGGGUCAGCCGUUCUCACUCUGACAUCAGCUCCAGGUACUCCAAAAACUUUGCAGACUUUGAAGCUUUUUUCAAGUACUGCGGGCUUGAUGGCGAAGUCAUCGAGUCUUUGGGAAAAGAGAACUUCUCGGCGCGAUCAGAUGAAAUUGCAAUAAACAUCCGGAGCAUCAGCGUCUCCACAUCAGAUGACGGCUUUUCCAGGAGCAGCGGCGGCAGCGAUGGCUUGCUGGAGGAUGAGUUACAAAAAAAGAUGCGCCAGGGGACAUCAGUUAUUGAGCGCAAUGCACGAAUUAUCAAGUGGCUGUACAGCUGCAAAAAUGCCACAGAGACUGGGAAAAAGUUGCGAGACCUUAAUUGAGAUAACUUCUCUUUCUACAGAACUCGAUUCUUACACAAGACUGUUGUAUAGAUGAUACAUUUUAUCUUUUUAUCACAUUUUACUGCAGGCCACACAUCCAAAAACUCUGAAAAAGAUGAAAUGUUCAUGUACAGAGAUCUCAACUGCAGUGCAUGCGUGCGUGUGUGUGUGUGUGUGUGUGUAUACCUGUGUGUGUACAUGUGGCUUACAUGUACUUAUGGGCGCCUAAAUGAUGUCUUCUUCUGUCUUUGUGCAAACUAUAUAUGUGUGUGCCAAGUUGAGCUAAGGCCUCUGAGAGCAAAUGAAGAUUUAGAGGGUUUGCUGCUGUUCAAAUCUUGCACACAGCUACCUGCCUGUGUUCUCUGUCAUGCAGGGGUAAGGUCAAAUGCACAGAAACACCCUGAUGAAAACACACAGACACAGAAAUGUUAUUUUCCUAACAAAAUAUUUCAAAAAUGUUUACUUGUACUUCAGUCUGUCAAACUGCAUUCUACACAGUUUUAUCACACAGUAGCAAAUGAGAAUGCGGUUCUGUAUUAAAGAUCAAACUUUGUGCAUGUGUAUAUGCACACUUGAAGACACACACCAUGACACACAAAUCUAGAGGAGUCCAUAGAUUUCAAUUUCAGCAGCAGGUCAUCAACUAAAAACAAUUUGAACCCAGUUCAAUUACUAGUAGUGUUUAAUUUUUUGUAUCUGAAUACAUAAUGUUUUUGCUCAAAUAAUUUGGUACCACCUUCUAAUAAGGAAACUUUAAUAAAAAGUUUAGAAUGAUUUAUUCACUAUUACUAAAGCUAUUGCGACCAGUGGCUUUAGUAAAGGUUAAUAAAUCCCAUGAUCUAUAGGUCUGUUAUAAACUGCUAAUAAGAGCAAAUUUGGGGUUGCCAGGUUGGCAACUGCAAAUUUAAAAAUUUAAUUAUGCAAUUACAAAUGUUGUUAAUCCAUAAAUAGACAUGUAAUAAAUUGAUUUUAGUUAAGACUCUCUACAAGGGAAGCAGCAACCCAAAAAUUUCUCUUUUUAACGGCUUAUACCUAAUGAAUAAAAUGGGUGACUUAUUAGAAAGUGGUACCAAUAAUUCUAGGCUCAUGUUAGCAUUGUUUUUUUUUUAAUAAUGAUGAUAAUGAUGUUCAUAAAUUAUGUUCUUCAGCAGGGCCUGAAAAUGGCCUCAAAUCUCUUAAUCAAUUAUGUAACCUGCCUCUUAAGAUCAUAAUCCAAUUAGUGUUCUCCCUAUUUCUCUUCAGGUGAAAAGUGUACAUUCCAUUACAUUUACAGAACCAACACACACACAACACAGUUUCAUAUUUAAAAAUGUCAGUACGAGAGCUGAGCUCCUUACAUGUUAUUGUGGUCAUUUGUUUCCUAUUGGCAGUAAUAAACAAGUAAAAUCAUUACAUUUAACUGCAGCCAGACUAAAAAGCUUGAAGGAUGUGGUUAUUUUGCAGCCAGGGAAUCAGUUGGUUCCUGAGUCCUGUGUGAGAGGAAUGUACCUGAUAAUCUGAUGGGCUUAUGUCCAGUGACCCGUUGAAACUGUAUCUCCACUUCCCGCCCUUUCUCUGCCUGCUUUGUCUCUUUACCACUUUCUCUCUCUUUCUGUCUUUUAGCCAACUUUCUUUUGUUGAUCAAAGCUCAGAGGGUGAGCAUGAGUGGGGAAAAAAGCUAUUCACUGUGUCUAAUUUACCACACUCUGUUUCUUUCUAACACAGACAGAAAACACAUAACACAUAAUGUAGUUACACAUGACUCUGCUACACUCCACUGUUGUGGACACACCUUACACUUCCCCAGAGUCUUCUCACAUCAGGGCAAGUCAUGUCCUGUCCUCUUCACUUGUGUGUUGCUUGAACUCAAAGUGAUUUCUUACUAUUCAGCUGAUGGUUCAGUUACAAAUAUGGCACUAAACACUUGCAUCUUGAGUGUAGAAUAUGUGAUUAGCGACUGAAAAUAUGCAUUGUUUGCUUGUAUCUUCUUUCAUUGGGAUUUUUUCAUGUAAAGGUGUUACUAUGCUUUCUGACAUCUUUCCCACAGCCUGAAAUAGCAGUAAUAACUGUAAUAACAGUAAUAACUCCUUACCCAAACCAAGGUUUUACACUGAAGUACUGUAACGAUUAUAAAACUGCUACACAAAUAAAGUUGUUAAUGAUU